AUGAAAGGAAUGGAAGAAAGCUAUGAAAGCAGGUAUGGGGGCAGAGGAUAUAAGAUGAUUGAGGAGAUUAUAGAGGAAAGUUAAUUAGUGGGGGGAGCAGGAGGUAAAUCUAACAUGGAAGAAUACGAGAUUACUGGACAGCCACCUCCUAUGCAAAAGUAUGGAAUUAGAGAGGAAGAACCUCCCAUUUAAGAUAAUGGAAAAUAGAAGGGGUUGAGACUAAUCAUUUAUAGGGUUGAUAACCAUUAGGCCAGAUCUCAUUUGAGAGUUAUGGCAGGAUUAUUUGAGGAAGGCAAUUUAGUUUUGGAUGCAAAUGGGCUGCCAGUUGCAUUUAAUACUUCUAUUCACAAUCCUUUGGAUCAAAAGAAUAGACAAGUUUUAGCAAAUGAAUACAUUAUACCCUUACACAAACCUAAUGUAGAGUAUGAUGGAAUGAAUAAUAAGGCAUCAGGUCAGGAUAUCAUAUUCUAGGAGGAGUAUAGAGUAUUUCGAAAUCUAUAUGCGAUGAUUAAGAAGAACAAGAAGGACUUAUAUAUUGGAUUAUAGGUAGUUGAAAAACCAGAACCAGUUGAAUUGUAGGAAUCAGUUUUGAAUGAAACACAAAAGAAUUAUGCAGGGUUAGAAUUUGAUUUAAAGGGAUGGCAAUUCCUCAAACUGACUUAAGAUGAUGGCAGUCUGCUAACUGGAAGAUUCAAAAUGAAAUUAUUUAAACCCCCUUUACGACGACCUCCCAUAGAUCCUACUAAAGUAUAGGAAAUGGAUGAAGUUAUUGACUUUGCUUUGCAUGAAUUUGCGUACACAGAAAAAGAUAUUGAAGAAUUUAAAAAGUAGAUGAAGCAUAAACAUAAGAAACCAAAAUUAGAGGAGAUUAAAGAUAUUCCAUUAGACAAUAGUCCAUAUAUUCCUAAUUUCUAGCAAUAAUGGAUAAACGAAUAAUUUGAAAGAAGACAUGGAAUAGAUUUCUACAUAGAUGGAUUAAGAUUCUUGCCUGAUAAGGUAACAGCUUGUAAAAUUUACAUGGAAGUAUACAACAGGAGAUAUGAGAAAUUGUUUGAUGCUGAAACAGCAGCUCCUGAUCUCAAUGGUAUGGCCUACAAUCCAACAUUCUAUUUCAGAAGAGAAUUGAGAAAAGAGAAGUUUGAUCCAACUGCAAUUGCUUUGAUCACUGUUGUAACAGUAGAUAAAAGUACUAAUGAUAACAGAAUUGUUGGUUAUGCUGCAAUUAAUCUAUUUUUGAAUCCUGGUACUAAAUCUCAACCUGAGGAUUCUAAUGAGGAUAACUAUGUAGUUUAUUCUGGAGCAUAUCAAAUACCAUUGUUUAGUCAAUAGUUAGACAGAACACCGCCAUUUGACAUGAAAAAGAUUUACUCCCAUGAACGAUCUCCUUGUUGUACUGUGCUUGUCAGAAUGUUUAAAGCACCUUUGAGUGAAGAUGGUAAAAGAGCUCUAUCCAUCAAAGAAUUUCCAAGCUUAAAGGAUUAAAUAGCCAGAAAUAUUAUGAGGCCACGUCCUUAAUACGGGGCGAGUGCCUACAACACUGAGUUAGCUCCUAUCACUGAAUCAGAAAAUGAAUUAUUUGCUCAAAGAACUAUCAGACCUGAUAUUAGUGUUAGAGAGGCUGCAUAUUUAUUAAUAAAGGGAGAAUAAAUUAAUAGAUAAUACAAGGACAAUGAAAUAAUUAACUAUUUGGAUAACCGUAUAUCCUUAACUCAUGAUACAUUCAUGAUCGAUAUGAUGUAUUUUGCCAAGUACAGACCAUAAGCUGGAUUCAAAUUGACUGUUGAUGGAUUACAUAAUGUUGUUAAUCAAUCACAUAUGUACGUCGUCUUUUAUUCCUUAUCAUAACCUGGAACCUUUUAUCUAGAACCCAGAGACAUUACUCAAGGACACAUGUGUUCUAAUUACGAUUUCGAUUCCAAAAUCAACACUCCUGAAUACGAUGAUGCUUGGUUCAAAUUCAAAGAAAAUGCCAAUAGAUAUCAGAAUAUCAUUUUAGACAUCAAAUCAGUGCCAUUCUCUAAACCAGAUGGAGCCAUCUCUGAUGUGGGUUGGACUAUUUUGCCUGUGUUCUCACCUGACAAUUAUGUUAUGUCCAACUGUUAUCAAUUACCAGUGUUCAGAGGAUCAGUCCCAAGAGCUGUGAUUGAAGACAUUAAAAAACAAGAUGCUUGGGAUUACCUUCGGGAUCAAGUCACCAACAAUAAAGUUUUUUAUCUAAAAAAUAUGUCCAUUAUUGUCAGGUUAGUGGAUGCUUAAAGAGAAGUAAUUUUUCAUUUCAUUCUAGGGGCAUUUUAAUAAACGUAUGGAUUUAUCUUCCACAAGGAGAUCGUAUAAUAAUAGUGGUCUUACAAUCCUGCUGUUGUUUUGGAUUAAAUGAGUAUGAAGACUAUUAAAUCUUUAAUACCAUUCAAAGACAACCCUGCUGCUUACAAUAGAAAAGUCACAGAGUACUUUGCCAACUCCUAUGGUUUAACUCAAUAUCUUGGAAGUUGA